CCCCCGCGGCCAGCCCCGAAUCCGUGCAGCCGGCGCCGUCGCGCGUGGAGGGACCCUGGCCCCGCUGCCCGGGCUGUCACCCCGCCAGGUGGCCAUGGCGGCGUCCCUGCCCACCCGCCGCCCGGCGGUGUCCACCUUCCUCGCCGGGCUGCCGUCCGUGGCCGCGGCUCCCGCCAACCAGAGCGCAGAGCCCGCGCCGGGCAACGAGUCCACGGCGGGCCCCAGCGCCGCGGCCGUCACGCCCUUCCAGAGCCUGCAGCUGGUGCACCAGCUCAAGGGGCUGAUCGUGCUGCUCUACAGCGUCGUGGUGGUCGUGGGGCUGGUGGGCAAUUGCCUGCUGGUGUUCGUGAUCGCGCGGGUGCGGCGGCUGCACAGCGUCACCAACUUCCUCAUCGGCAACCUGGCGCUGUCCGACGUGCUCAUGUGCGCCGCGUGCGUGCCGCUCACGCUGGCCUACGCCUUCGAGCCGCGCGGCUGGGUGUUCGGCGGCGGCCUGUGCCACCUGGUCUUCUUCCUGCAGCCCGUGACGGUGUACGUGUCGGUGUUCACGCUCACCACCAUCGCCGUGGACCGCUACGUCGUGCUGGUGCACCCGCUGCGCCGCCGCAUGUCGCUGCGCCUGAGCGCCUGCGCCGUGCUGGGCAUCUGGGCGCUGUCCGCGGUGCUGGCGCUGCCCGCCGCCCUGCACACCUACCACGUGGAGCUGCGGCCGCACGGCGUGCGCCUCUGCGAGGAGUUCUGGGGCGCCCAGGAGCGCCAGCGGCAGCUCUACGCCUGGGCGCUGCUGCUGGUCACCUACCUGCUGCCCCUGCUGGUCAUCCUCCUGUCGUACGCGCGCGUGUCGGUGAAGCUGCGCAACCGCGUGGUGCCGGGCUGCGUGACCCAGAGCCAGGCCGACUGGCACCGCGCGCGCCGCCGCCGCACCUUCUGCCUGCUGCUGCUCGUCGUGGUGGUGUUCGCCCUCUGCUGGCUGCCCCUGCACGUCUUCAACCUGCUGCGCGACCUGGACCCGCGCGCCAUCGACCCCUACGCCUUCGGGCUGGUGCAGCUGCUCUGCCACUGGCUGGCCAUGAGCUCCGCCUGCUACAACCCCUUCAUCUACGCCUGGCUGCACGACAGCUUCCGCGAGGAGCUGCGCAAGCUCUGGCUCGCCUGGCCGCGCAAGAUCGCCCCGCACGGCCAGAGCAUGACCGUCAGCGUGGUCAUCUGACGCCGCGGGAGCGCGGCCUCGGCUGCGGGAGCGCCAGGUCCCCUGGCCUCCAAGAAAGGCGCCCCCCCCUCCACCCCCGACCCUAAGACCCCCUUAGAUGGUGGUGGCCAGCACCGGAGCUGAGUUUCCAGCGGAGCCCUCCUGUCCAGCUGCCUCCCCUCGUUCCUGUGUCUGUCACCUGUCGGGUGGGGUGUUGUGCGUGGCUUGAAGGAGGCUGGGGCAUGGGGAGGCGUUAUUUUCCCCUUCUGUCCCUCAGAGGCUGCUUUUUUCCCCAGGUCACAACGGCCGCGUCUGGUCUUUGCCCUUUUCUUCUUUCUCUUUGCUUAUCUCUGAGAUGAAGGGACGACGUGGGUGAGCUUUGAACGAAGGCGCUGCUGCUGGUAUUGCUUUGCAGUGGCCUCUUCUGAACGUCGCGGCUGAGAAACAAUACCUGAUUUUUUAAAAACUGGGUUUGAGCUUGUUUGUUUCAAGAAUUCUAGGAAAACACCUAUUACAAACUGUCAGAGAGAGUGUCGCAUUUCUGAUAAGAUCUUUAUAUAUCCAGAGGAUUUUAGCUUUAAAUCCACUUGUCCCUCUGGGUGGAGAGACAGUACAGCAGGGAGGGCGUUUGCGUUGCACUCUGCCGACCUGGGUUCCAUCUCUGGCACCCCAUAUGGUUCCCGAGCCUGCCAAGAGUGAUUCCUAACUGCAGAGCCAGGAAGAAGACCUGAGCACUGCCAGGUGUAGUCUCUCCCCACCCCUGCCCCCUCAAAAAACAACCCUCAAAAUCCCCAAUACAUUUUUUUUUCUUUUUGGGUCACACCCAGUGAUGCACAGGGGUUACUCCUGGCUCUGCACUCAGGAAUUACUCGUGGUGGUGCUCAGGGGACCAUAUGGGAUGCUGGGAUUUGAACCCAGGUUGGCUGCGUGCAAGGCAAACACCCUACUGGCUGUGCUAUCCUCCAGCCCCCGUCCCCAAUAUAUCUUCAUAAACCUAGAAUAUAAAAGAACUUACAACCUGUCUCUGAACAGAUCCUGCUAUUUGCCCCUUCUCACCUUCCAACUUCUCUUGGCAAAAGGUCAGUUGAGUGAGUUGAUGAAGAGGGGGAGAGGGCAACCCCCAAAGAGGUGGCUGUGUUUCCUAGGACGGGCAGCCCCCUGGGCGAUGCUUGUAUCCGCACACUCUGUGUCUGCUGCUGCUCAUAGGAAGAUUUGGUUUUCAGACUCCUCUGGGUGAGCUGUGCACCUUCGUGGCCUCCCGCGGCCCUAACUGCCCACUCCGUUGCAAACAGCAUCUGCCUUCUGCGGCAGGCACCUGCUCCGUAGUGACAGUCUUGGGAGAGGAUCAGUGCAGAAAGCAAGGACCAGGAGGAGUUCACUCAGAGCCAGAAGAGAAAAAUAAACGGCUGCCCACGGGGUGCAGAGCUCACACCUGUCAUUCCUUCCGAUGUUCAGAUCACAGACCCCAGCUGCCAGUCCUGACUCUAGCUUUUGGAGUGUUUUUGUCCGUGAGGACAAGCGCCCUGGCACCAGACUUCCAGAGCAGUGAGAAGGGUUCUUGGAAAUGACACGAUGUCCAGCCAUCAGCAUAGCCCCUGUGACAUACUUGGCUUGGUGUAGGGCCUGUGGCCACCUAGCCAUCCUCUGUAUGAUUCUCUCCCCUUCUCUUACCCUCCAAAAUGGGAAAAGGAGCUCAUUCACUUCAAAGUGUUUCCCUCUAAAGGGGAGGGCGUUGGGGGGCAGUUUGGGGUGAUACAGAGUCAACCCUGGAAUUCCCCGUGGCAGCCAACCUGAGGGCGGUGAUCAUUUAUGGCAGGGCUGUUGGCAGCGAAUCUUUAGCAGUUAUAGGACAAGACAGCGCAGCCUAGGGAAGGGCAGAGAGAGGCUGGUUUGGAAGGAGGGAAAAGGCAGGUUAGCUUGGGGUGGGGGCUAUUUCUGAGGUGACAGUGGCGCUUUCCACUUUAGGUGCCCAAGAGACGAGAUUAAGGCGAUUGCCUCGAACAAGGCUGAUGUGAGCUUGAUCCCCCGCCCCCAGCACAGCCAGGAAUGCCCCCUGAGCACGGCUGGAUGCGACCCAACAACCCCACCCUGAAUAGCUUCUGCAAGCUGCAUUUUCCACGUUACCCUGAACGUGGAGAGCAGAGGGCCCGUGCUCUGAUCCUGUAGCUCGUCAGAGCUCUGACCUUCCCCUGCCCUCAUCAUAAAUCAGCAGCUCUGUUGGCUUAGCAGGUUCGUGGCUAGACUUUUCUGGAACACUGUUUGGAUGGGGGCAUGUGGAGAGUGGAGGGAGGGCUGGAAGGCUGGGGUUGCUGCGAGGGAUCUGCUUACUUGUGUGUGUGUGUGUGUGUGUGUUUUAAAUUUAUUAUUGUUAUUUUUUAUUAGUGAAUCACCGUGAGGGUACAGUUACAGAUUUACAUAUUUCCGUGCCUGUGUCUCGGUCAUACAAUGCUCGAGUACCCAUCCCUCCACCAGUGCCCAUUCUCCACCACCGAUGAUCCCAGUAUUCCCCCCCCCCCAUUCCAUCUCCCCCACCCCACCCUGCCUCUGUGGCAGGGCAUUCCCUUUUGUUCUCUCUCUCCUUUUAGGCUGCUUACUUGUGUGUUUUUUAUGGGAAGGUUUAAGUCAUUGGUUCGUAGCUUCUAGAAUCACCUAGGAGUCUUUUUACAAAGCCAACAUCAUACCCAGGCCCUUUCCCCAGAGAGCAUGAUGGGUUUAUACAUUAGCAUUUUCAAAGCACUUGAGAUGAUUUUAACAUUCAUCCAAGAUUAAACUCCUUAAAAAUUAUCCUUUGGGGGCCGGAGAGGUAAUACAGUGUUUUGAGUGCUUGUCUUGCUCAGAGCUGACCUGGGUUCAACCCCUGGCACCCCACAUGAGCACAGUGCGAGCCAGGAGUAAGUUCUGAGCACUUCUGAGUGUGACCCCACUAAAGCAUUAUCCUCUCAUUUGCUAAUGAACUUCAGAAUCAUCUUAAUGAAGUGUUGAUUGCACUUGCCAAUGGCAUUAAGAAUGGUAUUAAGAAUUGGACCGGGAUUCUGGCAUUAAGUUGCAACGGUAAACAGGGAAUACUUUGUCUUUAGAUAGUACUAUCCACAGAGACAAAUCCUUGUUAUCAGUGUAUGUAAGUAUUCAUUGCCAUUUCUGUACAUAACUCCUUUUGUAGGAGUCCAGACCUUUUCCUGUAAGUAUUGUGACUCAGCUUAAAUCAAAUAUAUUAUAAAGGUAUACACCACGAACUCUUCUUGUUCUUGUUCUUCUUUCUUUUUGGCUUGGCUUUUUAGGUCACACCUGGUGAUGCUCAGGGGUUGCUCUUGGCUCUACUCUCAGGAAUUACUCCUGGCAUUGCUUGGGGCACCGUAAUGGGAUGCCGAGGAUCGAACCCGGGUCAGUCGCAGGCAAGGCAAAUAUUCUACCAGCCCUGACCAUGGGUUAUUCUAAAUGUUGGUCCCUGGGGUGUUUUUUAAAAGUU